CCUUCACCUUGGGAGUGGGAUCAUACUGGAAAGCGCCGAUCCAGAGGCUGCACCGACACCCACCACGGAGCGACUCCCUCUUGGCAGCUGACACCUGUUGGGGAGGUCGUUGACGCGUUGUGCUGUGCGUCGCGGCAGCCGAGCUUGUUCUGUGGUGAAGAUGAUUGACUGGUUCCUGGUGGCGGUGGGGCUGGGGGGCGUGACAUACCUGUUCGGCCUGUGUCACCUGGUCACCUUGGUUGUUGUCUUGCUCUUCGUGGCAUUUUUAAGAUUUGUCUUUGCCAUGGACUGUGAUUUUGUAAUGAAGUACUACGAGCUCUUUGGAAAACAACCAGAGACACUGAAGGGCCAGGUGGUAUGGGUCACAGGGGCGUCAAGUGGCAUUGGUGCGGCCCUGGCGGUGAAGCUGGCAAAGGCAGGCGCCAAAGUGGUCCUCUCAGCACGCUCAGUGGAAAAGCUCAAUGACGUAAAGCAGCAGUGUCUGAGGACAGGUCAUGUGAAGGAGGAGGAGGUGCUGGUGCUGCCGCUGGACCUGGUGCAGUACGAUCAACACCAACCAGCCUUUGACAAGAUUCUCAAACACUUUGGGGAGCUGAAUAUUCUAGUGAACAAUGCCGGCCGGUCCCAAAGAGGACGAUGGGAGGAGAUCGAGGUGGGUGUGGACAAGGAUCUGUUUGAUGUGGAUGUGUUCUCAACGAUUGCCCUCAGCCGGAUGGCGUGCAAGUACUUCCUGGAGCAGGGGCGCCCCGGCCACUUUGCUGUCACCUCCAGCAUUGCCGGCAAGUUUGGGGUGCCCUUCUCCGCCUCGUACACGGCUGCUAAACACGCACUGCACGGCUACUUUGAGGCUUUGCGCACAGAGAAGAUUGGACAGCAGCUCUACAUCACCAUGGCUUGUGUAGGGCCCACUGAAUCUAACCUAACCAACGUCUGUUUCACCGAGAAGCAGGGAGAGUCCCUUGGGAAGGAGCGUACGGGGAAGAUGCUGUCGCCUGAGCGCUGUGCUGAGUUGUUUGUUGUGGCACUGGCCAAUCGAGUGUCUGAACCGUGGAUCUCAUUGCCGCCUCCCCUGUUUCUCCUGUUCUGCAUGCAAUACCUUCCAUCGCUGAGCAAAACUUUACUACAGCUCAUCCCUGUCAGUUACAUGACGAAGCUCAGGGAUGGUCGAACUGACCUAGCAAACCAAGGGGGAAAGUAAGGGUGGCAGCACACUCAUCCUAAUAUGCAGCAGUAGAGGGAACAGUGCAAACAAAACAUAGAGGGAACAGCACAAAGUAAACAGGAGGAAUGAACAGCAAAAUACAGCAACAAAAAGAAAAGAAGAAAAGUGAUCAUUGUACAUUUUUUAUAAUAGCAGUGCCCAAAGAAGAGGAAUAAUGAGCUACCUAGUGUGCAGCAACAACAACAACAACAACAAUAACAAAGGUGGCUGAGUGGUCAGCGUGUGGACGUGAUGAUCCAGAGACCUGAGUUCAAGUCCCGCCAUUUCCAGCUGACAAUUUUCAGCCAUCACCAAGUGACCUGAUUAGGUACCACUUAUCAAGCUUUCACAAAACUCCAUGAAGAGGAUGAAGGAGUUCCAGGAGACAGCAUGAGUCAAGCAUAAACAUCGUCAUUAUAAAUAAAUACUUGCCCACACCACUAAUAGGCUGCAGCUGACCACCAAUCCCAAUCAAAGAGCCUACUGAUACUAUGGACCACACAUAAAAAGAAAAAUCAGCAAGUAAAGGAGGAAGAAUAGGAAGCAUUGAUGAAUAGGAACCCAGCCAUUAUACAUUGUUAUAACUGUUAACAAAAAGAGAGGGACAAUGGGGAGGAAGAAGAGGAAGUAAUAGCCUAUGUAAUAUUAUGUGGCAGUAAGAACAGAGGGAAGCAAAGCAGGAGAUGGAAAAAAUAAAAGAAGAGGAGGAGGAGGAGGAUCAGAAAGAGGACAGCAGCAUCAGGAGGAACAGAACCAACAAGCUAGGACAACCAACUCACAGCUGCCUGAGGAUGGAUUCUUUGCUUUUAGGUAACCUCUUUGUCAGUAGUAUUCUUGGCUCUUCAUUUUUAUUUUCUUCAUCCAUGUUGAGUUAGUGUUGGUCUGUUGAUGUAAAUUCUUUCACGAUUGAACUUAUAGUCAGUAGUCAUCUUAGGUGGGCCGCGGGCGCCAUCCUGUAUAGGUGUAAAAUGUCUUGUAGUUUGUUACUGUUGUUUUUACUUUUAUUGUUUGUCAUCACUUCUUUUGUUCAUCUUUCUAGUAUAUAUGGUAAUGGGUACAGGGUAUAUUUAGUAUUUAGAAGGUAUUCAGUAUUCAAUUUAUAGUGUUUUGGUAAGAAUUCUUCUGUAGAUGAAUAUCAAUUUGCCCUGUUUACUUUAUUUUGUUCAUGUAAAUACCACUUGAUUGCUAUGAUUCAUCAGUGUGUCAGUAUUCAAAAAGAGGAGGCUAACAAGGAGUGUGUCUUCUACUUUAAUGCCACUGGUGGUUCUUGAAUACUCUUAGUGGAUG